UCCAAAGCUGAAGUCACAGGUCCACCAUAGGACCACUGUUGAGGUUAGGCAUGGCUGGAAAGGAGCUCCCUUCCCCACUAUCCUCCUGCUUUCUUCAGCAUGGGCCUCCUCCCAAGGCUUGGCCACUCCCAGCAUCCAGCACCCCCACCUCUCAGCCGGGUUGGGAGGCAGGCGGAGGCUUUUCGCGGGGGCUGUGCCUGGUGGGCGGUUUUCCCAGAGCAGGGAGCACACAGGACUGAGUUGGCGCCUGCUUCCUCGGAUGUAGACAUUACUGGCUGGAUGACCAGCCUAAGCCAGCUAGCUUGAGUCCAGGGCCUCCUCAGGCACUGUGUUUCUGCUCUGUGGGCUGCAGCCCCAUAACCCAGUGGGGUGGCAUGUCACAGAGGAAGGCCAGAGGGCCGCCAGCCAUGCCAGGGGUGGGCCACAGCCAGACUCAGGCCAAAGCACGGUUGCUGCCAGGCGCUGACAGGAAGAGGAGCCGUCUCAGCAGGACAAGGCAGGACCCGUGGGAAGAAAGAAGCUGGAGCAAUCAGAGAUGGAGCAGAGCUACCCCUGGCCCUCGAGGGACCAGGGCUGGGGGCCUGGCUCUUGGCAGGAGCGAGGCCUGUCCUGAGAACGCCGCGCGGGAGCGGAGCCGGGUCAGGACGCUGCGCCAGGCCUUCUUGGCCUUGCAGGCUGCUCUGCCUGCCGUGCCGCCCGACACCAAGCUCUCCAAGUUGGACGUGCUGGUGCUCGCCGCCAGCUACAUAGCCCACCUCACCCGCACGCUCGGCCACGAGUUGCCUGGCCCCGCCUGGCCACCCUUCCUGCGUGGACUCCGCUACUUGCACCCUCUCAAGAAGUGGCCGAUGCGAUCUCGUCUCUAUGCUGGAGGCCUGGGGUACUCUGAUCUUGACUCCACCACAGCAAGCACCCCCAGCCAAAGAACAAGAGACGUAGAGGUGGGAUCCCAAGUCCCUGGAGAGGCAGAUGCUCUCUUUUCUGCCACGCCACUCUCACCAGCUCUUGGUGACAAAUAAUUAUCACACUUGCCUUUUCUCCUAGACUGUGAUUCAUGCUUAGGGACCUGGAUUUUCUACCAGCCCCUACCUGUCUUCACUCUGAUUCUCAGCCAUCAGACUUGAUUCAGACUCAGCUCCCAAGUUCCAGCAUGCAGACCAAGAGAAGCAGUAGCACUUCUGUGAUGAACAGUACCAGAAGGGCAUAGGAUGGAGAGCCUCCUCCUUGGUCCCCAAGAGGGGACUUCCCCAUGGCUCUUCUGUGACAGCUACUGGGAAGUGGGAGAGAAAGAGGUAUAAUUGGGCUCAAAGUUGAGCUAGGGAACCACCCUAACUUUCUUCCCCUAAGGUUUCUACAAACCCUCUGCAGAUAACGAAGACAGGUGCAGAGGGAGGGGCCUGGGAUGGCACCAGCCCCAGGUGCUGAUGGGAAAGCCAGGUGACCAGAUAGGCUCUUGGUAGCUGCAAGUGUAAACAGAUCUGGGCUGGGUCACACAGCCAGAAGAAAACUGAAGAAGGGAAUGUGCUUUCUAAUUGCAUCAUGAGAUGCUUACCUGAUGUUAGAGAGAGAGUGAGGAAUUCAGGAUUCCUGCCUCUGUAGUGUCUGUAGUAUGGGCCUCUCCAGAAGCUGCCCCUCACCACUACACUUUCUCUCUCUCUUGGCUCCUGCACUCUUCCACUCUUUUCUUCUUCUUUUUAUGUAGAGAUGGGGUCUUGAU